AUGGCUGCCGCUGCCGACCCGACCGCGCUCCUCGCGCAACUACAAGACCCACAAACAUCCAAACCCCUCUCGAUCCUCCACCUCGCAGAACCAAUCCUGGAAUCUGAAGCCUCUGCCGCGAAUCACCCCUCCUCGGACUCAGCUGCUGCCCAGCGCGAUCUCGCAACCUCGACGACCUCCGCCCCAGACACCACCUCUGUCGUACUGACACCAUCCACACUCGGGGCCGAUCUCCAACACUACCGCGAUCUCUUCUCGAAGCUACGCUUCAGCUACCUUGAGCAAGUCACCAAGGAGAAAUACCUGCGCAGCAUCGUUGGCGACCCGCCCCUCCUCGUGACGCCAAAAGACAAUGCCGAGCUAGAGGCCAAACUGGUGGGCAUGAAAGCGGAGCUGAAGGCCAAGAAGGCGGAGACCGACGCGCUAGUGACGGAGCUCGAGGGCGUGGCCGCCGCGCUGGCGGCGCAGUACGAGGGCGUGGAGAGCGGCAAGGUCGCGUUGCGGGCGCUGCCGGCCGAGGUGGAGGACCUGAAGGCGCAGGUGGCAGUGUUGAGAGAGGAGGUGCAGCGCAAGCAGACGGAACUGGGCAGGGAAGGGGACGAAGAUCCGAGGUACGCGAUGCGUAUGGAUGCGACGGCACAGGCGCUCGAGGAGCAGCGGAGGGCCAAUGAGGCGAUUGAUCGCGAGAUUGCGGAGCUGGAGAGGCGCUUGCCGGGCAAGAUGCGGGAGUGUGAGCGUGCGGAGAGGGAGUUGGAGGAGAUGGAGAGGCAGAGGGAGGAGAUCACGAGGCAGGCGAGGGAGGUCAAGCGGAUACGUGAGGAGGGCGGGAGGGAUCUGGUGGGCGAGCGCGGCCGUUGGUAUACGGCGCAGGAGGCGGUGUUGAAAGGGCUGCUUCGGACUUGA